AUAACAACUCUGGGACAAGAAUCGUACGUCAGAUGAGAGAAAUAACAAGAUGUGCUUUCGUUUGAAUGUAAAUAGGCUGUUCAACAUUUCAUUCAUAUUUUAGUUUUUCUGGAAUAUUUUAAAUCUCUAUAAAUUUUUUCUAUGCAAUUUAUAAAAGCGAUUUAUAAUUGUUAUAAUUUAUUUCGAAUCAUGUACCAUGAGAACUUGGUAUAAUUGGUACCACAGCAAAGUUAUCGAAUCUUGUCAUGCAAAAGUCGGCUUAGGAACCCCUAAAAAAACUAAUCAAUUGUCAAAUUACAGACCACAAUCGAUUUGCACAUCCCUAAAGAAUUCCUCGCUUGUAAACAAUUUGGAAAUUUAAGAAAAAAAUAAAUAAAAGCCAAUAAUGUCAUAUUUGGUGACGGAAAUCGCCUUGGAAAUGCUUGGCUACACAUUUUACGAUAUUUAUGGCGUACCAGAAGAUAUAAAUAACUUUCGAAGCCUUGCUGCUACAGAUCGUAGCAACGAUGGUGCUCUCAAAGAGCCACAUUUGGCUACGAUACUAGGUUUGGAUGCCAACACUUCCAAACGUAAUAAUAACAAUCCACCAACAGCGGCAGUUAAUACAAUUGAGGCCACAAAAAUAAAAUUACCCGAACUAUUAGCAAAAUUGACCGAUGUUGAGAUUGGCAAGGUAAAGGAACAAGUCUUGCGGAACAAACCAUCUUUAUCCGGUGAGAAUCCAGGUGAAACUAAAUCCAACCAACAACAAGCAAUUUCUAAUUUGCUUGAUUUGGAACAUCAGAAACUUAUUUCAGAGCAGCAGAGUUUGCGGAAUUUUCGUAGAUUUAUUGAGAAAAAUCUGAUGCAAUUUAACCCGACAUGUUUCGAAAGAUAUCUUGAGGCGUUUAAAGGAACAUAGGCGAAAUCUGAAACGACGUUUAAUAUAUAAGAUAUUUUAAGUAAUAGAUUUACAAAUAAUUCCGUUAUCCUGACAUGUUUAUACCAUAAGUUAAUUAUAUAAUAGCUAGAUUAAAUAUUUAUACAAACAACACA